GCCAAUACGGCUUGUUCCCAAUCCAAACACUGCGCAUUGGGCUGUGUGUCACUGACGAAGAAUGCGACGUUCGCAUCCCGUCGGAGGGAAAGUUUGUAACCACGCUCAAGGCGAGCUCGUGGUGCCAAGUUGCCAAGUCUUCGCGCCAAACCCUAGGGCCCGUUGGCUUCUACAUUCAAACCGAGUUUCAAUUGCCGAAUUGAGGAUGCAACAAAUCAUGUGAUGCGUGAAUUCGACAAUAUGCACAUCAAAUGGUAUGCAAUUUUAUGACGAGGCUCGCAUGUAAAUGGAUCUGGAUUUGCACCUUGCUUUUUGUUUGACGAAGUGCUCCAAACGUUCCGGCGCUGUCUCGUUUCUCGCCUUGGCGUCACAACCAUGGCUGCCACGCGGUAUCGUUCCGCCAUUUCUCGCGGCGCAUUCUCUUUCCCUGCUGCCGGGCUUCCGCGCUUCUACUCUUCAUCUACAGCUAGCGCAGAUCCCGGUGCAGCAGGUUCGACCCCCUCGUCAUGCCAUCGCAUCACAGGCAACGUCGCACAGUCACCGCUUCUGCCUCGUCUGCGAUCAUGGUUCGCAGCGCCCGACCUCACUCCGCCGCCUUUCGCGGGUCCUAUUGGCGGAUCCGACGCGGGGAGCGGAGCGGACGGGGAGGCGCGGGGGGACGCGCAAGGGCGGGGGGAUGCGCGGAUGUAUGUGGACGGACGGGGGUAUGGGCGGGACCCGCGGGGAUAUGGGGGGGAUCCGCGCAUGUAUGGGCGGAACUUCCGCGCGGGCCCGCCUGUGGCGCGUCCGAAGCUGGACCUCCUGGACAAGUACCUGCACCCAUCGCUGAUGUCAGCAGAGGAGCGGCGGGUUGAGGAGAUGCGGGGAGUGAAGGAACGGUUCAGAUUGCACGAGGGGGAUACGGGGUCUAGUGAAGUGCAGAUUGCUCUGCUCACAUCUCGCAUUGCCUACAUGGCCCAGCACCUCCAAACACACAAGAAGGACCUGCACUCGCGGCGCGGGCUGGAUGGCAUGCUGGCGCGGCGGCGCAAGCUGCUCAAGUAUUUGAGGAGGAAGAACUGGGACUCGUACUGCCACGUCAUUGCGGAGCUGGGGCUGCGCGACAGAGUGGAUCUGCAAUCCUAGGUGCAUAGGGGCUGGACUGGAACACUCCCUGUUGCCGAAGCAAAAGUUCUGAGGCUCGCGUGGCCCUGUCAUUGCCGAGAUGGAGCUCCUGCGCCUUAGGGUGAAUCUGCUGUCAUUUUGUUGUCAUCAUGCCAUGCAAGUUUGCCUCGAGGAUGGUACCCAUUCGAGGAAGAAUCAGGGAGAGUGGAUAUGCAAUUGCCGAUGGUUUGUGGUGGCGUAAGGUAAGGCUUAAUUGGCUGCAAACACAGGCCUUGCAGAAUGUAAUGCCCCAAAAAAUACCGAGGACUAGAAGGUAGGAUGUGCGUCCAUUCUAUAGUUGAGCUACUUGAUUGUAGCUGUAUUGCUUCUUGAUUAGAAGAAAUUUUAUCGUACAGC